UGCAUCACUCUCCUUCAUGGUCUCGCACUCAGACUGUCCUGUUCAGUCGAAUGGAGCUCAGUGAAGCUCUCCUGCACUAUAGCUGGCAGUCAGUUGUAGGCCCUUGACCUAAUCAAUGUGGAGAUUGGACAACAGCCCUUGGAAAGAUGGCCAAUAGUCUGUGGAGGAGCCAGAACAGCAGCUUCCACCCGAAGGAGACCACUGUCUCAGAACACGGGGAGACUGUAAUUGGCGUUUACCUGCUGACUCUCGGUUGGUUCUCCUGGUUUGGAAACAGUGUGGUGAUAUUUGUGCUGUGCAGGCAGAAAACAACACUACAAGCAACAGAUUGUUUAACCUUUAACCUGGCUGUAUCAGAUGCCAGUAUCUCUUUGUUUGGAUACUCCCGUGGAAUUAUUGAGAUUUUCAAUGUAUUUCGAGACGAUAGGUUUCUGAUUACCUCAAUAUGGACGUGUCAGGUUGAUGGUUUCCUCACACUACUCUUUGGUCUGUCCAGUAUUAACACCCUCACGGUAAUCAGCAUAAUAAGAUAUAUUAAAGGCUGUCACCCAUACAAAGCUCAAUAUAUUAACAGACGGAACAUAAACCUGUUGAUGACACUGAUAUGGGCGACUGCUCUCUUCUGGUCAGCAUCCCCUUUGUUCGGAUGGGGAAGUUACACAGACCGGAUGUAUGGAACAUGUGAGAUAGACUGGGGCAGAGCGGUGUUCUCCACUGUCUAUAAAUCCUACAUAGUCUCCAUCUUUGUCUGUUGCUUCUUCCUGCCAAUGUCCAUCAUGCUCUUCUCUUAUAUCUCCAUCAUCAACACCGUCAAGUCAAACCGGGCGCUAACAGGAGCAGAGGUUCAAGGAGAGCGGCAAAGGAAGCUGGAGAGGGAUGUAACUCGGGUUUCCAUGGUGAUCUGCACCGCAUUCAUUAUAGCCUGGUCACCAUAUGCAGUGAUUUCCAUGUGGUCAGCAAGCGGGCACCAUGUCCCAAAGCUUACCAGCCUGCUCGCCAGUCUCUUUGCCAAGUCUGCCAGCUUCUACAAUCCCAUCAUCUACUUUGGAAUGAAUUCCAAGUUCCGCCGGGAUGUCUCGAUGCUCCUGUUCUGUGUCAGCGACAAGGACAAUGUGAAGCUCAAACAGAUCAAACGGUGUCCAGAGAGAGGCUUGGAAUAUGAGGCAGAUGUGCUGAGGGACAGCCCCAACUCUGGGCCGGACAGCCCAAAUGACAGGGACCAGGGAUCAUCAUACUUCCCCAACUCUGCGAAUUCAGGUUAUGAAUGUGACAGACUGUAGCGGUUUGCUACAGAGAGCUGUAUCAUUACUGUAAGCACCUUGGUGCACUGUAACAAGCAAAGUGUGCUCAGAUAGGAACCCUUGUCCCAAACAUUUCCAAAUUCAGAGAUAGAUUAGUGGUCCAAUCCCAGAAUCAACCCUGUAUUGUGUACCAUGGUGACUUGUAAAUUGAUGACAAGCUGUUUCUGCCAUUGCAUUUCACUAGAUUGCAGGUAGUAUUAUAACACCAUAGAGUCCCUCUGCACCCGGACUAAAGACUCUGCACCUGGGUUGUAACACCAUGGAGCCCUACUGUACUGGGACUGGAGACAGGGUUAUAAUACUAUAGAGUCACUCUGUACUGGGACUGGAGACAGGGUUAUAACACUAUAGAGUCACUCUGUAUUGUGUACCAUGGUGACUUGUAAAUUGAUGACAAGCUGUUUCUGCCAUUGCAUUUCACUAGAUUGCAGGUAGUAUUAUAACACCAUAGAGUCCCUCUGCACCCGGACU